GAAGUUCAACUGGUACAUCGCAUAUAUAAAGAGCCGGUGACAACGAUUGACAUCCACAUCGUCCCUGCACAGCUGCUCGAAGUUCAGCCAUCUCUAUCUCCAAGAUGAAGGUUUUCGUUAUCUUUCUUAUCUUAGUUGGAGUAGCUGUUGCUCAAUACGAGCCUCAAGGAAUACCCAUUCCUUAUUCCUUCAGCUAUUCGGCAAACGGUGAGGACGGUGGACAGAGUUCCCACCAGGAAUCCGGCGAUGGAGCAGGACGUGUAAGCGGAUCCUAUUCCGUCAGGAAUCUGGAAGGACAUGAAAGAGUUGUCGAGUACGUUGCCGACGAGGGUGGAUUUAGACCAGUCAUUAGAACCAACGAACCAGGUACCGCCAGUGUCAACCCUGCUGACGUUGUUAUUGAAUCUUCAGCUGACCAAGGAGGGGCUCCUGUUUCUUCCGGUUUAGGAGUCAGAUCCGUGGUAGCUCGUCCAGUGGCAGUCGCUCCAGUUGCACCCGUUGCUCCAGCAUCUGCUGGAAGACGUGCUGGCGUUCGAUAUGUCCUUGUCCCUGCUACAGACCCUAGAGCACGAGGAUAUAAUUAAAUGACUUUCGCUCUGUUUUAACAAAAUUGCUCAGGGUACUAAAUUUGCAAAUCAAAUGUCAGUGUUGUCCGUCUGUCUUUAAACUUGCUUCUCACAUGCUUCAAAGGGAAAUGUAAUUGAAAUUAAAAGAUUAUUAAUUCACUGCCAUUUCU